GGCAAUGUGAGAAAAGGUCUAAGUUUUUGCUGUCUAGUAAUUAAACCCUUUUUUGGAUUUAACCUAAAGAUGAUUGGCUAAACAAGAAAUUCCACAGCUACCGCAUGUCAACAUUUUAUUCAACUUCUUUCUAGAGUGUCAUAUUUACUCAAUCGCUUAUACUAAUGGACGCCGUCAGUGAGAGGCAAAAACACGUCGAGAAUUUCUUGCGUGAAGCUUUUUCAAAUAUAACUGAUCAAUAUGGACAGAAACUACCUAUUGUACCUGCUUUACCAAACCUCGUUCAAGUGACACUCAACUAUGAAUCUCCUAUUGCAGAGAGAUUUCGAUUCUUAGGUGAAAGUGCUCGAGCAAUGGCCAUUCGUUGGAUCAUUUCCAGCAUGUUUCCCGAAGCUAAUUUAGAAACGUUGACAGAGCAUAAUAGAAAGUGUCAAGAUCCAGGCCGAAUAUCCAAGAGUAUUUUUGGACAGAUGCAACUUAAGAGAUCCCUUGGUAUCCCGGCUCAUUCAAACCUAUUCGAUGCAUAUAUCGGUGUACUUUACCAUUUCUUUGGAAUGCCCGCUGUUCGAGGGUUUAUAGAGCCUAGUGUAAAGGAAAUAAUCAGCAACCCCACUACCGUUAGGACCUUAAAACCAGGAUUCAAGCCAGUGCCAAAUCAAGAUCCCAAGAGCCAAAUCCGAGAUGUUCUUACGUUGACAGGAGGCAAUAUACAAAUUGAUAUACAAGGCGCCGAAAACAGUAUGUGGCAGGCUACUGUCAUUUGCCAAUUAGUUCAAUCAGGGACCAUCUUCUCGCACAGUCGUGUGGGUCCAAGUAAACAAAAGGCAGCGACUGCCGCGUGCUAUGAUAUUCUAGAAUAUCUCCACAAUCAUGUCGAUAUACGCACCCAGCUCAUGAUUCCCAACUGCGAUACAUCGCAAGUACACCGUCUGAAUAUUCCUGAAUCGGAGUGGUGUAAGGUUAUAGGCAAUGUGAAGACAAUUGUAGAUAACAAGGUAGCUCUCGGCAAUCACCCAAAUAAAGCUAAUUGGGUGCAUUUACCGGCUACGGAUGAUCAAGAAGAGACUAUCAGGCAACUACAACUACUAUUGCUUGGAAAUGGAAAUCCAACAAACGAGAUUCAAUCAACAAGGACAGGUCAUUUUGAUACAAGCAUCUUUGGUCGACCGCAACCGUAGCUCUUUCUCCCU